CAAAAAUACGCUGCCAAUUCAAAUUCUGCAAAUGAUCAAUAGAGUUACAGAAAAUUCCGCCAUCAUUAUCAAAUUUUGAAAGCAGAAGUACGCCGCCCUUUUAACAGAUAAAUGAAUUUACCUAUCUAAGAUAAGAUAAUGGUGGAUUACUUGUGACUCAAUUUGUUCACCGUGUCAAGUGAGUAUGUGAAUAAUGGAAGAAAGAGGUAACGAAAAUCGCAAUCGAAUGCACAUUGAUAAUAUUCUGGCCAGCCAGCCGGAACUGGGACCUAAUAUUCCCGACGGCGGAUACGGAUGGGUCAUUGUCGUCGCUUCCGCGUUUUUUCACGUGUUGGUUCCGAGUAUACCGGUGGGAUUAGGAAUAUUUUUACUCUUCUCAAGGGUGGCAAAUGGUAACUACGAGCAGGCUGUUUUAUGGGACAACAAUAUAGCAUACGUCUCCUUAUUUUUUAUCGCAACUUCGACUAUUGCAGCACCGCUAGCGAGACUUCUUGCUUUGAAUAGCACCUGGCCCAGGCUGGUUGCGACUGCCGGAACAAGCUUAACCUGUGGUGGUAUUUUGUUAAUAUGGCCCACAAUAAACGGCAACGCGAGCAAUUCGUCCCUAUUCGUUUUGGCGGGGAUCUUUGCCGGUGGAGGUGCAUCUAUAAUAUUAGCACAAGUGGACAUCCUUCUCCUGCAAUAUUUUAAAUUAAAACUGGAAUUAGUUCGUACAAUAAUGUACUUGGGUGAAGCCGUAGGCUUCAUUAUCACCCCAAUUGCUCUAGGGCACACUAUAAUACAAAGUGAUCUUUUACACAUCAUCACAUGGUAUCAAGCAAUUCUGCUACAAGGAGUAAUACUGAGCAUCGCGUUCCGAAAACCGAACUAUCUAAAAUCGGCCAGUCAGAGAUACAGAUUAAUCAGGGGACUUUCGGAUGAAGAAGAAGACGUUUUCGCCAAAAACACAACAGAGUUGCAGAAUCCGAGAGCGUCCCAAAUGGAAAGUGGGACACCUUCCGUCAGCAAUCCUCCGGAUGCAGUGGGCCAGAAUGGAACUGCGAGACACUGGGAGACAUUUGACGAAUCCACCACGCCGAGAACGGCGCGCACUGAACUGCACAAAACUUUCGCGAUCGAAUUCAGCAACGACCUAGAUCAUAAUUCGCACGCUUCAUUCGAAGACAACUACGUACCGAUCCCCAAGCCGCUGUUCUCCGAAUCGCGUAUAAAUAACAACACGUCAUAUUCGUACGAGGGAGGUGUCGGGAAUGAAGACCCGGUCGUGUUUAUGCCGAACGCCGCACCUGCGAAGAACAACUCGUGGGAGAAGAUUCUCUCCGUUUUGAAAGAGCCAACUUUUUACAAAUCUCUUCUUUUCACCAUAACCACCAGAUUCGCAAUGUUUGCAUUUUGGACGCUAUUCCCUACCUAUCUAUACAUAAAAAUAGACAGAUUUAAGAUCCAUAACACUCCCUCUAUUGUUGGCGCUCUUAGUGUUAGCAGUCUCAUGUUCUCACCUGCCUUGAAUUGGGCUAAAAAAAGUCACAAGUUGCGACCGUUACUGAUUUGGAUUUUUUGCUGGAUGGGUGCCGUUGGAUUUUUAUUUUUUAACGAAGCAGGCGACGAAACUGCUUUGAUAUUUGGAGCGGUUGUUAUUACAAUCAGUUUGAACGCGUGCCAGAUUCUUGGUGUGCCAUUGAUGAACAUAAAUAAUUACGGAGAACACACCGUGAGUUACGUUCUGUUGUGUGCAAUUACAGCGAUAAGUUUACUUUCUCUAUUGGCCAUUGAUGUGAACUACCGGGGAUGUUUUGGGAUAGUUGCAGUAUUGGAGUUUGUUACGGGAUCUGUAUGGCUUGCGAACUAUGUGUAUAAAAAAAUGAAAAAUAUACGUUAAAUGUUAUUGCUAAUCGAUUAUGUAUCUACACAACUCGCUUUAAUCUAUAAAAAUGACAGUUUUAACGA